CCUCCCCGAAUAGCCUCGCUCACAUACAUACGCACGCACGCACGAACGCACGCAGACAAACCCUCUUCGCCUCCUCCUCCGUCGUCUUCUUUCCUGCCCCCAAAUGUCCGAAACCGAGGAAGAGCCAUUGAAUCCAUAGAUUGCGAUCCCCGACCAAACGCAAAGGAGGAGGGAGAUAUAUACGAAGAGAUCGAUCGAUCGAUCGGGGCGCCAUGAACACAGCUCUGAAUCUCGCCGAGUCAAUUUCGACGUCGUCCACCGCCUCGCCUUCGCCGUCGGGGCCGUUCUUGGAGCCCCGGCAGGAGGCGGCUGCGUCGCCCUUUGGGGCCGGGAGCGUGGCGGCGGCCGAGGAGCCCGGGGCCGCGCUCGUCUCCUCUCGGGAUGCGGGAGGCGGCGGACCGGGGGGCCAGGACGCGGUCACGGUGGAGCGGCGCGGCCACCACUCGGCGGUGUGCCGGUGGACGGUGCCCCAGUUUCCCCGUGCAAAGGCCCGCGCCCUGUGGAGCCGCUACUUCGAGGUGGGCGGCUACGACUGCCGCUUGCUGGUGUACCCGCGCGGCGACUCGCAGGCCCUCCCGGGCUACCUCUCCCUCUACCUGCAGAUCGUCGACCCCCGCGGCUCCUCAUCGUCCUCCGGCGGCAACAAGUGGGACUGUUUCGCCAGCUACCGCCUCUCCCUCUCCAACCACCUCGACGACGCCAAGUCCGUCGCCCGCGACUCCUGGCACCGCUUCUCCUCCAAGAAAAAGUCUCACGGCUGGUGUGACUUCGCCCCCUUCGCCGCCGUCCUCGACCAGAGAUCCGGAUUCCUCCUCCCGCCCUCUGACUCCCUCGUCAUUACCGCUGACAUCCUUCUCCUCCACGAGACCAUUGCCUUCAACCGCGACCACGAGCCUCAGCCACCCCCCGCCGACGUCGUCGGCGGCAAGUUCACCUGGAAGGUCCACAACUUCAGCCUAUUCCGUGAGAUGAUCAGGACGCAGAAGAUCAUGAGCCCCGUGUUCCCGGCCGGCGACUGUAACCUCAGGAUUAGCGUGUAUCAGAGCUCCGUUGCUGGGGCCGACCACCUCUCCAUGUGCCUCGAGAGCAAGGACACUGAGAAGACCGCUGCGGCCACUGCUGGUCCUUCUGCCCCUGCCCUCGAGCGUAGCUGUUGGUGCCUCUUCCGGAUGUCAGUUCUGAACCAGCGGCCUGGGUUGAACCAUGUGCACCGCGACUCCUAUGGGCGGUUUGCUGCUGACAACAAGAGCGGCGACAACACCAGCCUCGGAUGGAAUGACUAUAUGCGCAUGGAGGACUUUGUCGGUCCAGAUGCUGGAUUCCUUGUCGAUGACACUGCUGUGUUCAGCACAUCGUUCCAUGUGAUUAGGGAGUCAAGCAACUUCACCAAGAAUUUUGGACCUGUACUUGGCAGCAGUGGGGGGAGGGGGGUGGCGAGGAAGUCGGAUGGACAUUUCGGCAAGUUUACAUGGAGGAUCGAAAAUUUCACGAAGCUUAAGGACUUACUUAAGAAGCGCAAGAUCACAGGACUCUGCAUUAAGAGUAGGAGGUUCCAGAUUGGCAACCGGGACUGUCGCCUUAUUGUUUAUCCCAGGGGACAGUCUCAACCUCCAUGUCACCUCUCCGUGUUCCUCGAAGUCACAGAUUCCCGCAACAUGGCAAGUGAAUGGAGUUGCUUUGUGAGUCAUCGAUUGUCAGUGGUGAAUCAGAGAAUGGAGGAAAAAUCUGUUACAAAGGAGUCACAGAAUCGCUACUCGAAGGCUGCAAAAGACUGGGGUUGGCGUGAAUUUGUGACUCUGACUAGUCUCUUUGACCAGGAUUCUGGAUUUCUUGUUCAGGACACUGUCAUUUUCUCAGCUGAGGUUCUAAUAUUGAAGGAGACUUCUACGAUGCAAGAAUUUAGUGACACUGAGCCUGCACUGGUUCCCGUGUGUCCAGCCUCCCAAGUUGACGCUAUUUCAAAGAGAGGAUCAUUCACAUGGAGGGUGGAAAAUUUCUUGUCCUUCAAGGAGAUUAUGGAAACACGCAAGAUUUUCAGCAAAUUUUUCCAAGUCGGGGGUUGUGAGCUCCGAAUAGGUGUCUAUGAGUCAUUUGACACGAUUUGUAUAUACUUGGAGAGUGAUCAGUCAUCUGGGAUUGAUUCUGACAAAAAUUUUUGGGUACGGUACAGAAUGGCUAUUGUCAACCAGAAAAAUCCUGCAAAAACUGUGUGGAAAGAAUCUUCAAUUUGCACGAAAACUUGGAACAAUUCAGUCUUACAGUUUAUGAAGGUCUCUGAUCUGCUAGAAUCAGAUGCAGGAUUUCUCAUCCGUGAUACUGUGGUGUUCAUUUGUGAGAUCAUAGAUUGCUGUCCCUGGUUUGAGUUUUCUGAUCUUGAGGUUUUGGCUUCAGAAGAUGAGCAGGAUGCAUUGUCGACAGAUCCAGAUGAACUAAUUGAAUCUGAAGAUAGUGAAAUUAUUAGUGGAGAUGAAGAAGACAUGUUCCGGAACCUUCUCUCACGAGCAGGCUUCCAUCUGUCAUAUGGAGAUAAUACCUCUCAGCCCCAGGUUACAUUAAGGGAAAAGCUUCUAAUGGAUGCUGGUGCAAUUGCUGGAUUUCUGACUAGUUUGCGUGUUUAUCUUGAUGACCCUGCUAAAGUCAAGCGCUUGCUCCUUCCUACUAAACUAUCUUCAUCUAGCUGCAGCAAGAAAGAUGCUUCAAAUGGUGAUGCAAAUUCUCCGAGCUUGAUGAAUUUGUUGAUGGGGGUUAAAGUCUUGCAACAAGCUAUCAUUGACUUACUCAUAGAUAUAAUGGUGGAGUGUUGCCAACCUUCAGAAGGAAGAACUGGAUAUGAUUCUUCUGAAACAAGCUCAAAAACUUCUGGUUCAAGUGGUGCUAGUACUCCACCAGAAACUGGUGGUGAUAGUGAAGUAUCAGCAGACUAUGCACAAUGUGAUAUGUAUCAGAGAUUGGAACCUGGAAUAGGAGAAAUCAACCACACAUAUGCAGUACAAAGCUCAUACCCGAAUGCAUGUGAGAUAGUGGACAGAACUGACCAAGAGAGACACAUUUUUCCCCAUGAGGCUUCUUCUGGAGAUCAACCAGCAUGUGAUGAUCUUGUCCAAGUUUCCAAGACAAAAUGGCCUGAACAAUCUGAGGAGCUUUUGGGAUUAAUUAUCAAUUCACUGAGAGCCCUUGAUAGUGCUGUGCCACAAGGAUGUCCUGAACCUAGAAGGCGGCCGCAGACAGUCCAGAAGAUUAUUCUUGUGCUUGACAAAGCUCCGAAGCAUCUUCUUCCUGAUUUAAUCACCCUUGUGCCCAAAUUGAUUGAUCCUUCAGAACAUUCUCUAGCCGCUUGCGCACUUUUAGAUCGCCUUCAGAAACCAGAUGCUGAACCUUCACUGCAAUUAUCGGUUUUUGGUACUCUAGGUCAGUUGGAGUUUGGAAGUGAAGUGUGGGAACGUAUCCUAUAUAAGACAUUCGAGUUGUUGAUGGAUUGCAGUGAUGAACAUCUUGUAGCAGCAAUGAGUUUUGUUUUCAAAGCUGCAUCUCAGUGCCAGCAUCUUCCUCAAGCUGUCAGAGCUUUUCGUUUGAGACUAAAAAGUCUUGGUACUGAAGUUCCUCAGUGUGUGCUGGAUAUUCUGACAAAAAUACUGCAUACUAGUGCUGACGUGGCUGAAGCCAUUAUGAGUGAUAUUGACUCUGACAGUGGGCUUGACGGUAAUUGCACGAUAUCUUGCGAUACUUAUUCAAUUGGUGCAAAUGAGAUCUCUCCUGAUGGGUUGCACGUGGGGAUAGAUCAGGUUGUGCAUGGAUGUCACAAUCACACUGAUGUUUACAUUUUGAUAGAGAUGUUAUCCAUACCUGGAUUAUUUGUUGAAGUUUCACAGGUCUUUGAAAGAGCGUUAAUUCGAGGGGCCAUUGGGCUGCAAUCGAUUGCGCUGGUAUUAGAAAGGCGACAUUCUCAAAUGUUGAACAUCAAAUCUAGGUCCAUUUUGGAUGAUUCACAGAACAGGCAAGUCCUGGUAGAUGGAAGUAUUGAUUCAUUGCCUGUCCAAGAAGAUGAUUUCACAUCAGUUCUUUCUCUUGGUGAAGUAUUAUCUCUUUCCAGGGAUGUGAGAGUCCAGGACUUUGUGAGGAUGCUUUAUGCCAUCAUGUUUAAGAUUUAUGCCGAAGAGCAUUACCGAUUUAGGAUGUUGAAAGGACUUGUAGAACGUGCAACAAAUAUGUCAAAUAGUUGCCGUGUAGUUGAUAUAGAUAUGGAUGUCUUGGUAUUUCUUGUUAGGGAGGAAGAUGGAAUAGCUAGACCAGUUAUGAACAUGUUGCGUGAGGUUGCUGAAGUUGCCCAAGUUGAUCGUUCAAAUCUUUGGCACCAGAUAUGUUCUGUUGAGGUUGAACAUAUUCGUUUUCGAGAGGAAAAGCAAGCAGAAAUUUCUAAGGUUGCUGAUGAAAAAGCUUCUUUGUCUCAAAGGCUAAAUGAAUCUGAGGCAACCACAAACCGUCUUAAGGCUGAGUUGAAAGCUGAGGUGGAGCAAUAUGCUCGGGAAAGAAAGGAACUAACUGAACAUAUGCUUGACAUUGAGAAUCAGUUGGAAUGGCUUCGAUCUGAGAAAGAUGAGGAGAUUGCAAAGCUCUCUGCUGACAGGAGAGUUCUUCAGGACCGUCUUCAUGAUGCAGAGACACAACUUUCACAGUUGAAAACUAGGAAGCGUGAUGAGUUAAAGAGGGUAGUCAAAGAGAAAAAUGCAUUGGCUGAAAGGUUGAAAAGUGCAGAAGCUGCACGUAGAAGAUUUGAUGAAGAAUUAAAGCGAUAUGCUACAGAGACGGUGACUAGGGAGGAAGUCAGGCAAUCACUCGAAGAUGAAGUGCGGCGCUUAACACAAACUGUUGGACAAACUGAAGGAGAAAAAAGGGAGAAGGAAGAGCAGGUUGCUCGAUGCGAAGCAUAUAUUGAUGGAAUGGAAGCAACAUUGCAAGCAUGCCAGCAAUAUAUACAUACACUCGAAGCUUCACUCCAAGAAGAGAUGGCUCGCCAUGCCCCACUAUAUGGUGCAGGCCUGGAAGCCUUGUCGAUGAAGGAACUUGAGACACUUGCCCGCAUUCAUGAAGAAGGGCUCAGGCAGAUCCAUGCAAUUCAGCAGAUGAAGAACGGUAACAAUUCUCUGGUAAGCGGGCAGUCGCUUCCGCAAGUUCAUGGCUUAUAUUCUUCAGCUCCUCCAAUGCCUGUUGGUAUGCCUCCAUCGAUAAACCCAAAUGGAGUAGGAAUCCAUGGAAACGGGCAUAUGAAUGGUUCCGUCGGGCCCUGGUUUAGCCCCACCUAAGAAACAAAAGGUUCAAGCAAGAUUGUUGUUCUUCUGGCCUUGUGUCAAGUAAUUGAUAUGAUAGCUUUUCUCACUCAAAUCUCCCCAAGCCCCCCUAUUCAUUUGAACUGGUAGAACUAUCGGAUCAUUACCCGAUAUGAGAAAGGUAUGUCAUGUACAAAUAAGCUAAGAAACAUGCUUUGAGAAAAAAUAGUUUUGUAAUACUUGGAAGCGCAAGAAAAAAAUCCGAUGGAGCUAGCAGUUGGAAAUGAAAGCUUUUUUUUCCAUAUGGUUGAUGCCACCAUCUUUUGGUUAUGUUAUUUGUUGUUAUACACUCCUAAGGUAAUUUGUGAUUAUGUUUAUAUGCCCAUCUUAGACAGAAUUCAGAUUCA